CAAAAUGAAAAAUAUAUGACUUUUGUACUGAAGGCUAAACGUUCCUAACGUAGCCGAGUGGGUUAAAGCAGCUCUUUGAUGACGUCACGUCGAGAUUUUGUGACGUCAUCCCCGCCCUCCUGCUUGAAGCAGCAGCAACAGUUGACUGGUUCAUUAUUCUUUCCCUCCCUCCUUCUUCACAAUGUUUGUCUCCUACACUGUCUUGAUUUUACUUUUCUACGGCCUGGUUGCCACUGAGGCGCAACUGCCGACGCCUUCUGCUGCUCCGAUUGUCGCAUCUUGUGCCUCCAAGUCCAACACCAGCUGUGGGGAAUGUCUGCAGAAUGUCACUUGUUUGUGGUGUAUGCCAACCAAGCAGUGUCUGGACUACCCAGUGAAGAGCAUCCUGCCUCCAAGUAGUGUGUGUCCGCUCAAGGAAGCACGAUGGGGGUUUUGUUGGAUAAACUUCCAGAUUUUGAUCAUCACGCUGGCAGUUUUGGCUGGCGUCGUCCUCAUCCCCUUGUUUGUGUGCUGCUUGUGCUGCUGCAGGCGUCAGAGAACCAGAAAUGAUGAUGAUGUAAGAGAACAGCACCAAACCAGAGAAAGGAACUCUCGUCAGAAAGAAAGGAGAGUGGAAAUGCAACUGAGACAUGAUAAAAUAAGGCAGAAAUAUGGUCUUAAUAAGGAUCCUCCCUACUCACGCAUGGAUGAUAAAAAAUAAUUCCUCAAAAGUGGCCAGAUGGUAGCAGAGAGACACGGUGUAUAUUCGAGCAGAGGCCACUGUUUGAAACCACAGUAUAUUCUUGGCUAUGAUUGGUUGACAACUUUCCUCAAAAUUGACACCAAUAACAUGAAUAUCAAGCACAUUUCCUUAUACAUGUAUGCUAAACUGUGAUUGUGUCAUUCUUUGAAUUUAUGUUUACCAAAAGGUCUUAUUUAAGUGGCUACUGAUUUUUUUUGUACUGUUAACUCUCCACUACAGUGUUUUUAUAUUCACCCAUUGGUCAAAAUCAUUGGAGUAUAUAUCUAAUUUGAUAAUAAGCAUUCCAUGCACAUAGAAUGACAGUACAGUAUUUUCACACAAUGUUUUUACUAAGCACAUUUACUGUAUGUCAGUGUCACAUUGCUAUUGCUGAAUUAUUGAAUUGUACCACAACUCGCUGUAAGAUGGUUCAUAAUGUUAAAAAUGUAAACAUUUGAACAUUUUGUUAUUGCUUGUGUAAAAAAAAAAAAAAAAUUAAACCAUCCAGAAAUGUGAUGUGCUUUUU